CAUUCGCGGCGCCAUAGUUGGGCGAAGUAGAGGUGAUGUUUCAACUGUAAAAUCGAGGUGAAAUUUGUAUUGUGAUCCGAGCGAUAGUUAUAGCCGAGCCGACGAAAUUUUUAUCGGAGUAACGUGCGGAUUUCUGUCGCAAUAGGUCAAAAUGGAUUGAUUACGAGCCCGUUGUAAUAUCUAUUGCUGUAGUAUCAAUUCAUCAUAACUAUGUCUUAUCCUGGCCAGCCACCUAUGGGUAUUCCAGGAAUGCCUCCGAUGCCGUACAUGGUUGGUGCACCUCCCCCGAUUAUAGGGGGAGUGAUGCCUAUGGCACAUAUGAUUCCAACACCCGUAUCUGCGAUGCAGACAUCCGCGCCGGCUGUGCGUUAUUCGCGCAAUCAGAAUCGCCACGAUAAUAACCGGCGGCGUGAAAGGGAGCCCGGCCCGCCCGUCACCGUGUUCGUUGGUAAUAUAAUGGACAGAGCUCCUGACGUGAUGAUGCGUCACAUUCUGGGCGCCUGUGGACACGUGCUCUCGUGGAAGCGUGUGCAGGCGUUCGGGUUCUGCGAAUUCGCGGGGCCCGACGCGGGCCUCAGGGCGGUGCGACUACUGCACGACAUGGAGAUCGGCACGAAGAAGCUUCUCGUCAAGGUGGACGCUAAAACUAAGGUAGUCCUGGACCAAUUCAAAGCUGAACGAAGGAAGAAACUGAGAGGCGGUCAGUCGCCAUUGCAAGACGAAACGUCCGCUGAGGGAGCCGAUGGCGAGGAGGGUGAAGACUACAUGGACGAAGGUAUGAGGGUGGUCGACGCUGAUGCGCUCACUCGUAUCAAUCAGAUCAUCGCGGAGCAUGCCAUAGACUUAGAAAUGGCACAGGUUGCUCCAGAGGAACACCAGACAAAAAUAGUAGCUAAGUCCUUAAACUUGGACGACACGGAGAUAGAAGAAAGUAAAAGAGACUUGAUUACCCGGGAGAUCGGCAAAUUCAGAGAAGUUAUGAAGAAGCAGGAAGAGGAGAAGGCCCAGGUGAAGCGAAAGAAGGAGGCGGUCGAGAAGGAAGAGCGCGAGAAGCGGGAAAAGGAGCGGCGCGAUAAGCGCGACGACGAUGCCUCCACCAAGGACGACCAGGAUGGAGAUCUUGGUAGUCCUACGUCUCAUAAGGGUCGUAGCGAUAGUACCGGCAGCAGUAGAAGGGACAAACGCCGAUCCAGAUCUCGGUCUAAAGAGCGCGACAGAGACCGACCGAGAAGCGACAGAGACCGGGAUCGGGACAGAGACCGCGAGAGAGAUCGAGAGCGGGAGCGGGAUCGCGAGAGGGAACGCGAGCGGGAGCGCGAGCGAGACCGGGAGAAGGAGAGAGACCGGGAGCGGGAGAGAGAGCGGGAGCGCGAGGAGAUGAGAAAAACCGAGAGGGAGAUUAUGCGCGAAAGGGAGGAGGAGGAGGAAGCGAAGGAGAGGAAGAAGAACGAGAGGCGGGCGAGAGAGAAGGAGGCCGCUUAUCAGGAGCGUCUGAGGGCGUGGGAAACGCGCGAACGGCGCAAGCUCAAGGACUACGAGAAGGAGAUGGAGAAACGUCGCGGGAAACGCGAGACCCGCGAGAGAGAGGCGAAGCGUCUGAAGGAGUUCCUCGAGGACUACGACGACGAUCGCGAUGACGCCAAGUAUUACAAAGGCAAAGAGCUGUCCCGUCGGCUGGAGGAACGCGCGGUCGAGGCCGAGGCGGACUCCCGGGACCGCUGUACCGAACGCCAGGAGCUUCAGCGUCUACGCGACAAAUUGUACGCUGACGCUUCUCAUCCGGAUCCUGCCGCGGAAUUCGAAAGGCUGAAAGCCGAACGGGAAGAGCAAUACAAGCCUAAACCAGUAAUUACUAUAAUCGAUGAGGAGGAUGAGAAGGUAUUGAAGAAGGAGGAGGUGAUGCCGCCGAUAGAAACCGAGCCAAUUGAGAGCGACAGCGACGACGGGGUGCAAUUCGACGACGCUUCUCAGCCGGAGGUUCCGUCCAGAACGCCGCCGCGAUCACAUCAUCAUCAUCAUCGCCGACAUCACAGACAUCAUCAGAAUCACCAUCGCGACGGUGAGGAGACUCAGGAAGGCAGCCUGGAGGCGGCGGACCGGGAAAGCCUGAAAGACGCACGGCCGUCGCCAACUCAGGCCACAACACCCGCUCAAUCCAUUCCACCAACGCUAGACGAGGAUUCGCGUAUGUCGUUGGUCAGCGAGCCAGAGAAGACGAGCGGCAGUAACUUCGUUCCGUUUGCCAUGGGAAGUGGUGGCAACCGUGCAAGCGGAGAUCACGCCGUAGGAAGCAAAACGCCGGUCAGUCCGAGUGCAGCUGCCAAUGCAAAUUCGCAACAGGCAAAUCAGACGCGGAAGAAGGGUCGUAUGGACGUUAAGGAUGUUUUCAAUAAUGAUGAUGAUGACGAUGCAGCUAAUACCGCGAAGAAACGUAAACUCGUGCCACUGGAUUACGGCGAAGAUAAAAAGAAGAAAACGGAAGAAGCCCCGAAACCGGGAAAAGAAGAAAGUACAAAAAGUCAGGAGGAGAAGCGGAAGCACAUCAAAUCUCUCAUAGACAAAAUACCUACCGAUAAGAAUGCAUUAUUCGGCUACCAACUCGACUGGGCAGUGAUAGACAACACAUUGAUGGAGAAAAGGAUCAGACCUUGGAUCAAUAAGAAAAUCAUCGAAUAUAUCGGCGAACCGGAACCUACCUUGGUAGAUUUUAUUUGCAGCAAAGUGAUGGCGGGUAGUUCGCCUCAAGGAAUACUUGACGAUGUACAGAUGGUAUUAGACGAAGAGGCGGAAGUGUUCGUAGUUAAAAUGUGGAGGUUACUAAUCUACGAAGUGGAAGCGAAAAAAAUGGGCUUAGUGAAGUAAUCUGGAAAAAUAAUCUGGGGAUGCCGUCUGAAGAAUUUUAUGAUUCAAAGUUUAUACAAGAUAUAUUCCCUCGGCUAAGACGAUGUCUAGAAAUUACGUGUAUCUAGACGUAAUUUACCUAUUAUACUAUGAAAAUGGACGGGGAAAAUACUGUGUCGUUACUCCGAAAUCGACUUUAAAUGUGUAGUAACUAUAGCGUUAAAUAAACUUGUAAUUACGAUUUAUAAUAUGUCGCGCGCUCUUCAAUUUAUCUGUGAUCGUCGGAUCGGUAAGUAACGAAAU